AUGCGCUUCUUUUGUCCCCUUCAAAGUACACUUCAAGCGAGUCGACUCGCUAAGCGACAUCUUCUUCCUGGGUGAGAAAUCGAGACCAUCUUCUGCUGCAGCACCUGAUUUGACUCCUCCGCUUUCCCCUGAGCAGCUUCGUCGAUUCCCCUCUCUUCCUCUAGCUUCUCCUUCUUCUCCUUCCUUCUUCCCGAGGCGAACCCACCCACCAUCGGUUUUUGCUUGAAAUUGUACGAAUCUUGCAGAUUCCCGCAAGCUUCAUCCGCCAUGUGAUGCGCAGACGGAAGCACGCCCCGAUAUAGUCUUGGGUUUAAUCCUUGUUCGCUCGGCCUCGCAUGUCGCGCUUGGGCUCGCCCUUUGCGUGCGACCCGGGUGUUCUUUUGCCUCUCUGCUCCGCCUCCCUGAUUCGGUUCCGCCCCCAGAUUCCGAAGCCGUCCGUCCGAGCUUGCAAAUCCUAAUCUCGCCGAUCUUGCGGCCGGAGGGAAGGUCCACAAGAUGAUUCUCGCAAAGCAAUAUCGCUGCAUACACUCAUCGAGUUGUCAGUGCACGAAAGGACAUCUAAGCGAGGACGUGAUUUUCUUAGUGUUCCAACAGACGAAUUGGAAUCCUAAAGCAAUUGCCACCCUGUCUCUUGUGUGCAAGUGGUUUGAUGAUCUUGCUAAAAGAGUGUUAUGGAAAGAAUUUUGUCGAACAAGAGCUCCUAAAAUGAUGCUCGAUUUGCAGUCUAGCGGUAGCCACAGUAUUGAUGGGAACUGGCGAGCAUUGGCAAAGCUGCUAAUCUACUGUUCAGGGUGCAGUAAGGAUGGCCUCUUUAAUAAUGUCCAGGUGCCUGGUCACUUUGUUUACCGCACCCGGUUUUCUAGGACAUCAGGGAAGAGCUUUCUCAUGCCACAAUGCAAAAAUGAUGUUCUCUAUGUGUCUGAUCCUUGUGAACAUCUAGACCAAGGGGAUGAGGGGGAUGUGGGAUUUUUUCGUGGGGUUUUCAAGACAUUCUCAAACUCAAUGGCUAAGAGAAUGCUGAUUCAGAGGGGAUCCCAGCUUCACCCGACAGAGUUGUGUCCUUAUUGCAAAGCUAAGCUAUGGAGCAUGCGGGAAGCAAGAAUGAUACCUCAGAGUGCCAGCUGCAGGCUGGGUGCUUAUUCAGACUCAACUGACUUCUAUGUGUGCCUGAAUGGACAUAUGCUUGGAAAUUGCAUCCUCUUGCCCCUGUCAGAUUCAGAAGAGGCCUUUGAGUUGGAAUAGUUUUAAAUUAAAAUCCAGGCUUCUAGCCACUGUAUAGAUUGAACUGCUGCAGUCAAGGUUCUACGGCGCAAAAAUAUUUCAGGUACUCUCUGGGAGUUAAAUUUUGCUCAACUCUAGGAUCGACCAUAAACAUCAACAUCAUCGUCCGUGUGGGUCCCACAGUCUUUCUUGAGGAAUUGUGGUGUUGUGCUAAAUGGUCUACUUCAGCAUCACCGAAAAUUUGCUUGCCCGUCGAAGAGUGUAAAAGAAGCAUCGCUGUUGAAUGGCCCAGAUCUCUGUUCAGUUCUGAGUUUUGCAAUCUAAGGGUCGAAGGCCGUGCAUUGUGCAAUAUGAUUAUCUCUUUCAAAGCACCGUAUUUUAGAUUGUAGUAGAUUAUGUGAAAUUGCAGUAGCCUAUGACCACCGGUUUCUGAAUAUAUUCUUGUUACCCUGACUAAUGUGAGUAAAUCCUCAGUGAUUACUUUCGUUACAUGGAUGCCUUUAAGAAACUCAUGGUUCAUUUCAAUCCAGACUCAGUGGAAAAACUCUUAGAAUCGGAUAAGAAGAAUUUUGUUCA